AGUAGAGAGUCGGGUGUUACUAUUUCACACCCACGAAGAAAACAACUUCCGGCGCUCCGACUGUUUCGUUUUCACUAACCGUCGUUCAGACUGUUUACUGUUUCUUCCUCUUUUUCCACGAACGUAGAUGAUUGCUGACUGACUUUCUAUUAUUUUAGAUGCCUAAUGUUACUCCAACUGGAUCUUCUCCUCCACCUGUGAGUGGAAAUGUCGAAGAUCCACAGCAGCUCGACCAAGCUGAAACUGUGAGCUACAGCAGGACUUUUCCAGAGGACGCUCCUGAUCCUGGACUUCCUGGACUUCCCGAACAGCAGAGCGUGUUGGACUGCGUGGAGGUGGUGGAGUUGAAUCACAGCCCAGAGAAGCUUAACACAGGUGAAGAGAAAACCUUGGGAGAUGACAAGCGAAGCAGAGAAGAGGUCGUUAAAGAGAUCAGCAUCAGCAGCGCCGCUUUCAUCGGCCCGGCAUGUCGACCGCAGCCUGCGAUAGAGAAUGAACUGAGCGAGUUUUAUAAAGAGCUCGCGCAAAUCGACCAGCAGGACACUGGAGAUGGGAAUAGUGAGAAUGUCUCUCAGUUCUGCGCUCCACCAGACACUGUAGAUGGGAAAAGUGAGAAUGUCUCUUGGUCCUGGGCUCCACCAAUCAACCCACCAGCCGUAAAAGAGAAGGGAAAUGAUCACAGGAACACCUGCAGGCCCUAUCCAGCUACACGGCCACAAACAGACUACAGGAACACACCACAAUGGAGACCGCAGUCUUAUGACAUGACCUGCAACUGGUCAAACUCACACAGCUAUCAAAAUCAGUGGCAGCUUCCUCCACCAAACUUCCACUCCUAUCCUCCACCUCGACCUGAGAAUCCCACACACCCGCCGUACUUCCAGCCUCAGGGACACCAGCACAGUCAGCUUGAGAACAGCAGCUUCCCUUCGUUUCACAGUCCUGCUUCAUAUGCUCCAUAUGAAGCGUUUGAAAGAUGGCAGCAUGAGAAGCAGAGUUAUCAGACCGUGAACCAACACGAGCGUAACGACGGUCCGUCUUUGGUGUUGAUUUUGAUGAGAGGAGUCCCAGGUUCCGGGAAAUCAACUCUAGCCAGGCAAAUAUCGGCCAGCGGUCCGAGUGGACUGAUCCUCAGCACAGAUGAUUACUUCUACCAGAAGGACGGCUACCACUUCGAGCCCACUCUGCUCGGAGCCGCACACGACUGGAACCAAAACAGAGCCAAAAAAGCCAUGCUGAAUGGGCAUACACCGGUUAUCAUUGAUAAUACUAACGUUCAGGCCUGGGAAAUGAAGCCAUACGUGACAGUGGCUUUAGAGAUGGGAUAUAGAGUGGAGUUUGUUGAGCCUGACACCAGCUGGAAAUGUGAUCCUGUUGAGUUAGAAAAGAGGAAUCAUCACGGAGUCUCGAGGGAAACUAUAGCAAACAUGCUGGACAAAUUCGAGCUCCCGAUCAGCGUGGACAUUGUGAUGAAUUCCUGUGAGCCUGCUCAUAAAAGAAGAGAACAUCAUUCUAGACCAUACAGACACAGAAGAUGACAAAUAACCAGAAUUUUCUUAUUUGCUGAUUUAUAAACUUUUAACAAGAAUGGACUUUAUUUUUUUUUUAGUGAUAUUUAUAAUGACACCAUUUUAAACAGUGUUUACUUUGGGGUUAGCUUUUUUAUUUAAACAUGACUUGAUGUCUGGUUUUGAAUGGAUUGUAAAAAUAAUUAUGAAGUCAUUAAUAGUAAUGAUGCUAAUUAUAAGUCACUAAUGUUAAUAAACUGUGGUCUAUAAAGUCAUAGAUCUUCAGGAAAUCCUCUGAAAUUCAUUUUAUGCUUGAGUUUAUUUUUCGAAUUGUAAGCAGUGUUUUAUGGAAAGGCUUGUAAAAGCUUUGUAUGGGACGUCAGAUGCCAGCUUUUCCUUUCUACGUAAAAUCUGACUAUAACCCAGUGUAAUCACAGACACUGAUUAAAUACCAAGAGCUCACUUUACUUUCUUUUUCCUCUGGAGAAUUUCAUCUCUCUGAUCUGAUAUAAACACUACCAAGGAACCCUCAGGUGAAAUGAACAAAAAUCCUGAAACAAAAAAUUUUUUUUUAAAAUGAAAAAUAUUUAAUGACGACUAGUACAUAUUGUUCUACCUUCCUGUUCAGAAUUUGUUAUUAUGAAUGUUUAUUAUGUUUAAUGCUUUGUGAUUAUAUUAUGCUAUUAUUAUAUGCUGUGUUUAUAAUACUAUUACAAAAAUUUUGUACGGUAGAAUUGUAAUAAACACAUAAAUGCAUUUCAAAAAUAGUGGUAAA